GAAACAAAAGUGUGUGAAGAAAGAGGGCAGAAGAAGAGAGGGAGUGAGAGCAGGGGACCGAGCAGCCCUCUGUACUAAUGGACCAUAAGGAUAUUUAACCAUUUAACCCGGGGAGCGCACAGACACCGCAGUCCAUGCCUCUGCCUUGCCAGGUCAUUGAUGGGAAAUCAACUGGAUCGGAUCACCCACCUCAACUACAGCGAGCUGCCCACGGGGGAUCCGUCCGGGCUGGAGAAGGACGAGCUACGGGUCGGCGUCGCCUACUUCUUCUCUGACGAAGAGGAGGAGGUGGACGACCGCACUCCGUCCGACUGCGGCUUCACCAAGGACCACAGCCCGGCCGAGGAGGGACCCUUCUCGGUCAGCGAGGUGGAGUACUCAGCCUUCUGCUCCCAGGAAUGCAUAUUCUCCAAGCUGCGGGAGAACGAGGACUUGAACGUGUACUCGGCCAAAACUUUGCUGACUAUGUGCAAACCAGGGGACCUUCUGGAGCUGGUGGCCACAGCGCAACCCCCCCACUGGGCCAUCUACGAGCAGGACGAGCAGGUCAUCCAUCUGCACAAGGGCGAGAUCCGCAAGGACAGCCUGCUGGAGAUCAGCAGCGGUCGCCACGGGAGGAUAGUCAACAACCGGUACCGGUACCGACCGCUUCCCCCUGACCUAGUGGUGCAGAACGCGGUGGGACACCUGGGCCUGAGCAGCGAGGAGAUAUGCUGGACCAACGCGGAAAGUUUCGCAGCGUGGUGCCGCUUUGGGAAACGGGAGUUCAAAGCCGGCGGAGAGGCGCACUCGGCGGCGCAGCAGCAGCAGCAGUAUUUCCUCAAGGUGCAUCUGUCCGGCAGCGGGGUGCACACGCUGGUGUUCCGCAGCCUGGAGGACAUGAUCCGGGAGAGGAGGCGAGUGGACGCCAGUGGGAUUCUCAAAGAGCUGUCUUUGGUGAACGGGGGCAAGGAGUGAUCAGGGAUUCCGUUUGAUACCCCGACACCACCACCACCACCACCACCUCCACCACCUCCACCCUCUCUCUCUCUCUCUUGCCCCCCGCAGCCCCUUCUCCUCCCCGCUGCGCACGGACGCACAGUUUGGGUUUUUUUGGGGGCACCUUACUGGCACACACAGACGCACACACACACGCA